CCGGUUGAGCUUUGGACUGGGAAACAACUCUUUGGCGUGCUGCUGCGUCCAUAUUCAAAGAUGAGAGUCUAUGUAAAUCUAACAGUCACAGAAAAGAGUUACAGCGGGAAAGGGGAAACAAUGUGCCCAAGUGAUGGAUUUGUUUAUUUCCGUAAUAGUGAACUGAUCAGCGGGCAACUCGGGAAGGCUACGUUAGGAAAUGGAAAUAAGGAUGGUCUAUACUCUGUUUUGUUGAGGGACUACAAGUCACAUGCUGCUGCAACAUGCAUGAAUCGGCUUGCAAAAUUAAGUGCUCGGUGGAUUGGUAAUCAUGGAUUUUCUAUAGGGAUUGAUGAUGUCACACCUGGGGAAAACUUAGCUAAGCAAAAACAAGAAGAGAUUCAUCAAAAUUACAAGAAAUGUGAAGAUCGUAUUCAACAAUUUAAUGAAGGAAAGCUUGCCGUGCAACCAGGCUGUGAUGCUGCCCAGACUCUGGAGGCUGAAGUAACUAUGGUGUUGAAUAAAGUUCGUGACGACAUAGGAAAAAUAAAAGGAGGGAAAGCAUGGACAAGGAGAGCUUAG